AUGGCGGACUUUACACUCGUACCCAGUGGGCAUGGUAGCAAUUACACUGGCAUGCUGACGAGGAGCAUUGUUUUCUCUGGAGCUCUUUUCCAACUGACCGCUGGCCCAGCGUCUGGAAUGACAAUAGCCUCGAUUGCGAUCCCUGACUGGAUAGCAUUUGAUGGGAGCACAAAUCACGGAACGUCGAUACGGUACAGCUACGGGCUGCAUCGAAGGUGCUCGAAUACGAACCUGCCUCCUUCCAAUCUCUCACACACCACUACCUCCAACUGGCAUUGCACACAAUUUCCCCGGUACGAGGACUGCCGCGGUGAUGACCGAUACUUCUGCAGUAUGUGGAGAUCCGUGGGCUUUUUGAUGUCCUUUGCGGUGGUGCUGGAGGGAAUGACACUUGCCGCAUUUGCAGUCCUGCUUGUGGGUGGGAAGCAGAAAAGAGAACAAGGCUGGGGCGUCCUCACAAUAUUGGUGGCGUUGGCAGCAUUUGUUCAGGCCAUUGGGAUGGCGUUGAUGGCAUAUUUGUACGAGAAUGACGAACGAUUUUUUUCAGGCUGGUAUCUCGACAAGAGUUGGACCAUGUGUACGAUUUCCUGGAGUUUUGAAGCAUUAUGCGCGGUUGCGAUUACCCUGGCAGCAGUGACGCUGCCGAGUGAAGGAGGAUACGAGUUGAUUCCAGAUCAUGGAUAA